AAAUUGUAUAUUUCUGAAAUUUCCCUGAUGAAACUAUGUUUGACCAUUAAUUUCACUUUAUAUGGAGUAUUUAGUAACUUUGGGGCCUCAAAAUUGUUGGAGCUUUUGCUUUAGACUUAAGCCAACACUAUUUACACUAAGUGUGUAUAUACAUAAUAUUCAAGAGAAUAUGUAUGUUUAGUCACCGACUUCAGUAACCAGCAUCAAGUCCAAACCAACCAUUCCAUUUCCUAAUUUUGCAAUUUCCAGCUGUACAAUUUUUCAAAUCCCACAAGUUUUUUCCCUUUAUUUUCUGAAGCACCCAAUGAACCUUGAAUGAACUAUCAUCGAAACCCCUUAUAUCCCCUAAACUUCUACAUAUACCAUCACCAAAAGGAAAAAAAAAAAAAAAAAAAAAAAGCAAAAACACAUGGAAAACAGAUCAAAGAAACUUCUCAAAAAUAGACAACAGAUACACAUUGGUAAAUCAAAGGCAGAGUACUCAAUCUUGAUUUGCAAGAAACACCCUAAACACCGGCAAUCCUCAUCAGGAGUUUGCUCUGUUUGCUUAACAGAAAAAUUCACUCAACUUUCAAGAACUUCACCUAGUAGUAAUACAACAACUGUUACUUGUUGUUGUUUUUUGUCGUCGUCUUUGUCUUCUUUAUCAUCAUCUUCUUAUACUUCUUCUUCUCCGAUUCAUCAUACAAUGAACAUCAUGGCCUCUGUCUUGAAGUGUGGUAAUAAAAGUAGUAGUGUGCUUACAAAAAGUAGAUCCUUGGAUUUUAUUAUGGAGGAGAAUGUGAAGAAUAUAGGAGGAUUUUUGUAUAGAUUGUUGCAUCCAAGAAGAAACAAGGAAGAUAAUAUUAAGCAUUUGGUGCAUUCAAGAACAACUAUGAGAGAAAGGUUGACAACAAAAUUUGGAAUCACAAAUUCCAAUUUUUACUUUUCUAUCUUAGAUUUAGAAUUAAUGUAGUAUGAGAUAUAAAAUUCUUUCGUAUAUUUCCUUUUUAAUCUCAUUCUAGAUUUAGAAUUAUUGUAUUCGUUUUUUUGAUCCUUAUUGUUUAAUUAUUAUGAAGAUAAAAUGCCAAGAGGACAAAAAUAUAUACAGUACAUGUAUGCCCUUUGUACAAGAAUUGUGAAUGUUUAUCUCUAUUAUGAAUCA